AGCCGCCAAUUUCCCCCCUGGUUUUUUCCUAGGGUUCUGCCGCCGAUUUCCCCCCUGGUUUUUUCCUAGGGUUCUGCUGUUUGCUUCUCCAGUCUGAUUUGAUCACCUUAUCUCGUGGUCCUCUUUUUUGUUGGAAGUUUUUUCCUGGGAUUCGAGGGUUUGUUCUCUAAAAGGAUGUCGUCUGAUCCGACGGGCCAAACAGAUAUAAAUGUCCGAUUGGCUGGAAUUUCAUUGGAAGAAGAGGAAGAACCGGUGCCGGUGUUUCUACCAGAACAAGACCAGGUCCAGCAAAUCCCUGCGAUGCCUGAAGUGUGGACGCUUGUCGGAAGGUUUCUGACUGACCGCCCAAUCAAGGUCGAAUAUAUGAAACAAGUACUCGCUAUGGUGUGGCGUCCGGUCUGUGGAGUUCAAAUCCGAGAAUUUGGGCAGAAUCGCUUUCUUUUCCAUUUUUUUCAUCAAUCCGAUAUGGAGAGGGUCUUGAACGAAGGGCCAUGGGCGUUCGAAAACUCUUCGUUGGUGUGCAGAGAAGUUCUCCAAGGUGAUAUUCCUACGCACAUUUCUCUUGAUUGGUUGGACAUAUGGGUGCAGAUCCAUGACUUGCCCAUGGGCUAUACCUCUGAGGCUGUUUUGAUACAAAUUGCAAAUUAUGUUGGUAAGUUUGUUCAGAAUGACAAGAGGAACUCUGACGGUCCAUGGAAACAAUUCUAUAGAGUUCGAGUGUCCAUCAAUGUGAUUAAACCUAUUAAAAGAAGGAUGAAAUUGCUUAAAAGAGAUGGCUCGUGGGUCUGGGUCAACUUCAAGUAUGAACGGUUGCAUUUGUUCUGUUUCUUCUGUGGUUUGUUAGGGCACUCAGAAAAAUUCUGCCUGGGAGCACGUAAUGCUAAAAUACCAAUUGAAGAAUAUCCUUUUGGAAGUUGGCUUCGGGCUUCGUCUAACAAAGGACAAAAAAAUCUUUCUAGCCCAUGGCUUAUCCCUCUAGGACAGUUUACAAGCGACUUGGUUAAGUCAAGGAUGGAGACGACUCAAUCACAAGCUCAAGAAGAAGUCAAUGACGCUAGGGGUGUUCUGGCAGCGCCUAAAAGGCGAAGGGAAGGACCCGAGUUGAUGGAUUCCGUUCUCUCACCAAAUGCUAACCCUUUUUUAACGGCAGGGCCUGGCUCCCAGGCCCGCCGAAGCCAUGAGUCUUCUAAGCUGGAACUGCUGUGGGUUGGGCAAACCACAGACAGUUCAGGAACUUGUGGACCUUGGAAGGCUAAUUUUUCAGUCAAUUUGCUUAGCUUCUCUAAAAACCACAUCGAUGUCAUGGUUUGUGACCCCAACGGGAUCAAGUGGCGGAUCACAGGCUUUUACGGCUACCCAGAAAGACACAAAAGGGAGGAUUCCUGGAGACUUCUUCGGCAUCUCAAAGCAUCGUCAACUGCUCCUUGGGUGGUCAUCGGUGAUUUCAAUGAUUUGUUGUUCCAAUAUGAAAAAAGAGGUAGAACGUCUCACCCAAAUUCUUUGAUUUCUGGUUUCAGCAAAUGUGUCGAAGAUUGCAAUCUACUACAAGUUCCAUUUGUGGGUUAUCCUUACACUUGGGAGAAAUGGAAAGGCAAACCGGAGUGGGUCGAAGAAAAGCUUGAUAGAGCCUUGGCCUUGGAAUCUUGGUUGGUCCUUUUUCCGAAUGCUAAGGUGAUUAACUCCUUGACUGGGCAUUCUGAUCAUUCAGCCCUCUUUUUGGAUGUCAAAGCUCACCGAUCACGUUGCUCCUACAUGCCUCGAGGUAGACGCUUCCGAUUUGAGAAUGCAUGGACGCAGGAUGUUGAGUGUCGCAGAAUCAUUGAGGAUUGCUGGUAUUCUCACGGUCAGUGUGGUCUUCUACGUCUACUGUAUACUUGUGGAGCUCGUCUUCAGGCAUGGGGUGGCCCCCAGGUUGCAAACUUUAAAAAACGACUUGAAUCUCUCCGUGCUCAGCAAAACACCAUCAGGGAUUACAGAGAUCCCUCCUCCCUUGAGCAAUUCCGCACCCUUGAGUUUGAAAUUUCUAAACUUGAAUCUCAAGAGAAUAUUUAUUGGAGGCAAAGAUCUAAACAACACUGGCUCAGGAACUCUGAUCUCAACACCCGAUUUUUUCAUAAUUAUGCUUCAUCUAGAAGGAGGAAAAAUAUGCUUACUCGUCUAAAAGAUGAAUCGGUUGAUGACAAUUUUUUUAAUAUGGUGCCAAACUGGAUUAACGAAGAAAAAAGAGGACUUUCCUUGCUUUUCCAAAGAGAACAAGCUCUUAAAACUAUUCACGGGUGCAUUGUGGCGAGGGGGGCACCUCCAAUAUCUCACUUAUUUUUCGAUGAUAGUCUCCUUUUCUUUAAAGCUAACUUGCAGGAAGCAGAAGUGAUUAAGAAUUGCCUGGCUAUCUAUGAACGUUUAUCGGGGCAGGCGGUCAAUUUUCAAAAGUCAAACAUAUGUUUUAGCAAGAACACUCGUCCCGAGGUACGUCAUGAGGUUGCACAGUUUUUGCAGGUUAAUGAAGCGAGUGACUUUGGCAAGUACCUUGGUUUGCCCUCCUUCAUUGGAAGGAACAAGAGGUUGGUUUUUUCAUACAUCGAGGAGAAAGUGUCACAGCGUAUCACUGGGUGGCAUAAGAAGUUUCUCUCCAAAGCAGGGAAAGAGAUUCUUUUGAAGACAGUGGCCCAAGCUCUUCCCAUUUAUGCGAUGAGUGUCUUCUUAUUGUCGGAUUCUCUGUGCUCCUCUAUUCAAAGCGAAAAUGGGUCCGAACCCAAGUUUCAUCUGGAGGAGUAUUAUGGCGACCCAUGGCUUUAUCCGGUCUAAGGCUCUCAGGCGCAUUGGUAAUGGUAAGGAUACUUUGGUUUGGGGACAUCCUUGGCUUUGUGGUGCGGAAAAUCCGUGGAUUCAAACCCCCAAACCUACUUAUCUACCAGAUGUUAGGGUGGACCAAUUGAGAGAUCCUAACUCGGGUAGUUGGGAUAUUGACUGUCUGCAUGAGUUUUUUUCGCAGGAGGAGUGCGAGUUUAUGGUGAUUAUACUGUGAAAAGUGGAUACAGACAGUUGCGUGGAGAGGUUUCUACCCUCAAUUAUCAGUUCUCCCAUUGGAAUUUACUCUGGAAUUUGAAUAUUCCACCACGGUGGAAGAACCUCUUGUGGCGGCUGUUCUCGGAGAUUCUCCCUACGAAGUCUAACCUGUUGGUUAGGAGGGUGGCAGUGGACCCCAUGUGCCCAGUCUGUGGAGUUGUAGAAGAGACGACGCUGCAUCUGUUUCGAGACUGUGCCUUCGCGCAAUAACUGUGGCAGUGGGGCGGUCUUACAGUUGUCUCCAAUUCCUCGAGCUCGACGGCAGAGUGGGGUGAACAGUGGCUGCAGAGGCUAGAUCAAAGGGGUCGGCAGGUUGCAGCGACGAUCAUUUACUCUAUCUGGACAGCGAGGAAUAAAGCAGUGUGGGAGGGUUGGGUUCCGUCUGUUGCAGGGUGUUGGAAGACAGCAAAAUGCAUGGUGGAAGCUUGGUGCCAGACAUGGAACAAUCCUAUGCAGCAAAGAAGACGUAGACAGCCUCCGCAAAGACGACAUGAUGCAUUUACGUGUUACAUCGAUGGUGGUUUUAAGUCGGACACAAAAGAAGCGACUUUUGGAUUCGUUUUGUAUGAACCGGGCGGUAAUUUUGUGAAGGCUAUCAAUGGUAAACUCAAUUUCUGUUUGAACCCGCUUAUGGCCGAGGCUUUGGCUCUCAAGGAAGCUUUAACUUGGAUCAAAGACAAAUCCGUUCCAAGAGUCCAGGUUUUUUCAGAUUGCAUGACUUUAAUACGCUCCAUCAGUGAUCAUCGGUUCGUGGGUUCAUCUUUUGAAGCGGUGACUAUUCUUCAGUGCAAAUCGCUUAUGCAAUCCUUCAGUUUUUUUUCUUGUGAUUUUAUUUCUCGUCAUUUUAAUUUCUCUCAUAUUUUAGCCUCUGAGGCUUUUGGUCAACAAUCCUGUUCGUCUUGGGACUUUGCUCCAUUUGAUUGUAUCCCAAACUCUUUAAAUUAAUGGAAUGAAUUUUGACUUCAAAA